AUGAACGCGUUAACAAAAGCCGUAGAAGUUUUGGCGACAGACAGUGAGGAAAAUUCUCAGCCUCUGACUGACUUCAUACGAUGGCUUGUGGUGAAGGACGGACUGCCGAAGAACAUGUUCGAGACGGUCAUCGACACCAUCGGCUUGAAUUUGGCUAAUACGAACAAACCGAUUGAUGGGUUCUUGAAAAAUCUUCUCUUCGAGCCUCAAGAGCAACUUUUGCCAAUUGUCGUCUCCGUUUUAUCUGGCCCUUGCCCGUCAAAGCCCACUGUUCUAUCCGCUAUAAAUGGAAACUAUUCUGAUUACCUUAUGGCGAUAAACGAGCAACUCAGCCUCGCUGCGGUGAUCGGCAGGCUGGGCGCUACAAUUCCUACGGCUCAUCUUGAGGCGAUAGCUGAACUCUCCAUCCGGCUGAUCACACUCGAUAAAUUUGAGCAACAGUUGGGCGGUAGUCCGCUGACGGACCGUAUAAUCGCGACGGCUCCCGACGACAUCUGGGCGAAGGUUGAGCCAAUCGUCCUCGCCGGAGAAAACAAGAUAAAGAUUUUGGAAGAUUUUUCACAUGCGAAUGACGAUCCUGCUAAGCUGAACACUGUCAUCCGUAUCUUGGCCAUGAUGGAGCCGGCGGAGAAAAAGAAGGUUUCUGGAAUUGUUGGAUUCUUUUACGUUCCCGAUUACGACAUUCCUGAGGAUUUACCCGAAGUCUCUCAAUUUCCGGUCGCGUGUGCCCUCCGAAACCUGCAGGUUAUAAAGACGCCACUGACCGAAGAUGAAAGGUGGCUGUUACGUUACCACCAGAAGCCGCCUCUUGAAUUUCUGGAAGCGCUGAACCGGGUCGUCGCAACUGGCUCUACCGAAUUUGAAUUGUUUAUCCCUAAGAAACCCCAAGAACGUCUCAGCAUCUGCGCUUUGAGGGCGGCACUUCGAAUCCUGACUUCGAAGAAGGAAUGCGAUUCGUCAGUGCUCGAUUUCGUCGUCUGUGGGCUGUUGACAACUUUCGAUCAUUGUGAUUCUGCACUGGCCAACAUCGAGGCGCUACGAGCUGCCAGCCAGCUGACGAUCACCAAUGUUUCCUUGGGCCUCCGCCUAUGGGUCGCUGCCGUCGAUUUUGCGAAGAACUCUGCCACUGAAGAUUUCAGAAAGGAAUGGCAAGAACUGUUCUACCCGACAAUCUCUGGCAUAAUUCUACGGUUCUUUGUCGAUUUGGUCGAUCCAGUGUUAGCCUCUCACUCGUUGCCGUCAUGCCUGGCACUGGAUGCCUGCGUGCGUAUCUUCCCGCUUUUCCCGACGCAUUCCGAGCGGGUCGUCUAUUGCGAUGGGAUGGUGCCGCUGAUCCUCCACGCUCUUCCGGUCGUCGUCUCGCUGGCUUCACAGCAAACUCCUCGGACCAACCCCGCCAGCUACUUCGCCACUGAGCCACCAAAAGAAGCGGCAGACACGAUUUGCCGUUUUGCCUGUUCGCUUCUCUAUCGAUUAGUAGAACAAGUGCCAGCCCUCGUCCGUAUGUGGUACAACAAGCUCGAUCGCGCCCCAUCAAUUUCCGUCAACAAGUUCUUCCGCGAAAACGUGUCGAAGUUGGGCAUCGACGCCGAGCUGACCAAGGUGCGCGAGGGUGUGCCGAGCAUCGACAAUACGGAGAAUACGCUCAAGAUACGAACGCUACCAGCAGCUGGCGAGGUGGUGACCGAGUAUACGGUAGAAGAGACGACGAUGCGGCUGGUCAUCGUCCUGCCGAGCGAUUGGCCCCUUCAUGUACCACAAGUUACCCUUGAUAAGUCGGUCGCCGCUUCUGAACGGACGAAAAAAUGGCUACUCCAGCUGACGACAUAUUUGUUCCAUCAAAAUGGGUCUAUGCUGGACGGGCUGGUGUCGUGGAAGAAACAAGUGGACAAGGAGGUGGCAGGGGCUGAGGCUUGUACCAUCUGCAUGAUGAGUGUCCACGCCUCUUCCCAUCAACUACCCAGGGUCAAGUGCAAGCAGUGCAAGAAUAAAUUCCACUCGAAUUGCUUGUUCAAAUGGUUCGAGUCGUCAAAUCAAUCGACAUGCCCACUUUGCCGAUCUACCUUCACA